CUAAUGGCACCCACACAAGAAGCCCCAACGCGUGAUGGCACUAUUUCCGGAUGGGCUACUCCAGGGAUCCUCGGUGGAGCGAUGGCUGUCAUUGACGCCGCCCACGACAUUGGCGGCAUGCCGCCGCUCAUUCGAGAGGAAGACGCAGGGGUAGCUUCCCCAUCGGCCUAUCCGUUGCUGGAAGAAGGACCCUUGACGCCCCGGGCAGCUUCACCAGGCUUCCGAUUCCUCAUCAGCAGCUCUUCCACCACCGUAUCUCACGGAAGCUGUCCUGGGAAACUUUUCCUGGAUCGCGAUACCUGCCAAAGCCGCGACCCAAACCUCGCCCCUCAAGCCGACUGCGUCUUGCUUUCCGAUACCUUCUACCUCUCUCCUUUGGUAUCGAGGUCAAGUGGUUUCUUUAGUUUGCGGUCAUCCGACUCUGGCACCGAGACCCACGACGCGCGGUCCAUCAUGCCCGGCCAGAUCUUUGAUGCUCCCACCGAGCAUCGGUUCCCAUCUUCCACGACAUCCGGCUACUUCGCUUUGACCGAUGAUGCUGCUGAUCCAAGAUUCGACGGUACCACCCAACUACCUCCGUGCUCAGCAGAGAGCGGCAAGAGCGACCGGACAGCGAGUCCACUAAAUUUUGCGUGUUGGGCGAAGCGGCAACACCAUACCCAUAAGCAAGACCGGCACAAGGAAGAGCAGGGCAGCUCAAAACGAAAUGUUCUUUCGAGGUCAAGCAGCACCCAGAAACGACAGGCUCAAGCAGCUGUCCCUCAAAUGACGCGAGAGGAGUUUGAGGCUCUCCCGCUAGCAAUACAGAGAAAGUAUUUUUCGACACUCGAAAGGUUACGGUUCGCUCAAGACGCCUGUCUUGUUGAAGGUAUCUCCCAGCACUACGACGACAUCUCGAAUUUCAAGCGUCGAAACCCCCGCAGGGAUCGCAGUCCUUCGGAGGAUGUUGUUGGUCGAUCCCGCCGCGGAUCCGUCGCCGAGUUGCAUUCGUCCGCUUCCGAUUCGCCGCCAUUGUGCGCCGGUCUGCAAGAAGCAACGCGUGAAGAAAAGCCUUGUCGUGAGGACAAGGCUCGCCCUGCCAUGCGCCAUCGCGCGAGCGUCAUUCUUGACGCGGCCGACGAGGCCGUAUAUAAGUUCAAUAAGCAGGCCAACAGGAGGAAUCCGUCCACGACCGUUGACGUACUCACCCCGCCACUGUCGCCGUCUCGCCACAGUAUGGACUCGCAGGACAGUCUCAGGAAAGAUGUCGAUCAGUCCGCCAAUGGCCAUGUACCCCGGUCGUUUUUCGAGAGCUUUCGGUGGCUAGAUGAGGAGGAAGAUCUAGAUCUGCGACUCUUCUUGGACGAUUACCACGCAAAUUUACGAGAGGGCACGCCGACGACGAAACAACGUCCCUCCUUCCGCCGGCGCAUUUCGAUAUCCAAGAUUCCGUUUGGCCGUCGAAACUCGGUUUCUUCGGCAGAUCCCGUGACCAGAGAGGCGGUGGCUCCGACGAAGUCGCCGCCGAUCCGCAGCAGCAGUUCCGACGGGCCAUCCCACGCGAGACGCAAGUCACGCGCUUUGUCUCUCAUCGCACCAAAACAUGUGUCUCAACCGCCGGUUGCGGCGAUUGAUCCGUCCGCGGCACAUUACCAAGACCCUGAAGCCCGACUCAAGCUGAGGGUGUACCUGGCUUCGCCGCAGAAGUUUGACGAGGCAGUCGAGUUUGGAUUUCCGUCGACUGACGUGCUCUCGGCCGCUUCGCCAUUCAAUGCGGAUGGCGGGGGCCUCUCGGGCCAAACCAAGCAGAGAGUGGCGGAUGCCUCUCUUGACAUGCAAACGUUCCUAGCCGAUCAGGACGAAGACGAGGAAGACAUCGACAAUGUGUCACUCUAUAGUGACCAUGCAUCAGUGGCUGAUCCCGACUCUCCGAAAACCCCAGAGCCCUUGGAGCACCGAACUACCGGCCCGCGUCACGCGAGGUUUGCCUCAGCCACUCUUCUUUCUGGGAGGGAUAUUGGCCGAAAGACUCCAGAGGGCGCCUUUUAUGCCCAAGCUCCAGCAACCUCGCGCGAGAUGACUCUGCGGAUGACUCUUACGCGACCCGAUCUCCGCGCCCACGAGGAUGAGAUAUACGGCUGGCAGCAGCAGAAGUAUGUCUACCAGCAACACGCCCGGCGGCCAACGGCUCUGGCAUCUUUGGCGGCGGAGAACAGGGUUGCCUAUAACGGAAACGGAGCUUAUAACAGCCUCGAAAAAUUCCCCGAACUCGAUCACUGGAACGGGACCACGACAGAAAAGGGGGUCAUACGACGAAUCUGGAACCGCGUACGGAGGGGUUGACGGCUGGACCCAACACCUCCUACCCCGUGCCAUCACGCUCUCUGGUUUCUUCUCCCAGAGUUUCUGCCUCUGUUCCACACUCGUCCACACUCUCUAUCGAUUGGUUUCUCUAUUUUUUUUAAUCACAUGUCCCGGCCAGUCGCCCAUGAAACAUCUAGGUUCGAUAUUGACCUUUAUUGCUUGUCUUUUAUUAUUCCGCAAGGCGUUGGCAGGAUCUCCCUCACUCUCGUUAUUUCUGAUGCAUCGUUCUCGGUGCUGGCGGGAUCUUGUUGUCUACACGGGGCUUAGCAUCUCGCCUCUGGUGUUUCUGUGAAAUAGACAGCUGGGAUAACUAGACGGCCCCCCAGGGAAUACACAGCGCAACCGCGCAUAUUCCUC